UUUCAUGGAGGAUGUUUAUUUGACAUUUGUUAGUUUUGAUGUGCUUUUCUGAUUCUAAUGUGGUAGUAAUUUUAGAUUGUGGAGUGUAGAUAACUAAAUUAUUCCACUGUAUACUUUAUCUUGAUUAGGCUGAACAAUAUUUUUUCCCGAACUGGCCUUGUUGAUAUCUACUUUUUAUUUAAACUAAAAUAUGAAUGCCAAACUAAAUCCAAGUAGAUAUGCCCACUGUGAGGGUCAUACAGGUGUUUGUUUUUCUGAAGAUGCCAAAUACAUAGUAACAUGUGGUGGUGAAGGAGACAUUCGGAUCUGGACAGGUAUCGAGGAUGACGAAGCUGUGGAUAAAUGUGUGGGGGAAAAGGCUUUUGCUGUUUGUCAAAGGGGCGAGAAACUGUAUGUAGGCACGAAUCAGCACAGUGUUCAAGUGUUAACAUUUCCGGAAGCAGAGAUGGACGGAGUGGUGACACGUUUCACAGCUCCUGUCACACAUAUUGAUGCUUCAGCUGAUGGUUCCUUGGUCGUAUCUGCUUCGUGUGACAUGACGAUUGGUUUGACAAACACAAAGACUUCCAAAACUGAGCCUAUUGAAGGUCACAGAGCUCCAGUGCUGAGCGUUGCGUUAGAUCCAAAACUGGAAUACCUUCUUGGUCAGCCCGCUUGGCUACCUGGCUCUGGUGCACAGUUGGCUGUCCCAAUGAAGAGGGAGGUGCAACUCUUCCAUCGAGACUCGUGGGAGAAAACUGUUACUUUUGUUGACCCUAAUCCCGGCAAUCAGGUUUUUUCAGUGGUCAAGUUCUCGUCAUGUGGGGGCUACCUGGCAGCCUCCACUACCGAAGGUCAUAUGCAGACAGAGGAGGCCAAGCACAUUUGCGCACUUGACUGGAGUCCAGAGUUACCGCAAGUUGCGUUUUGCGACAAUCACGGCAAUUUUGGCACUAUAGAUCUUGACCUUCCCCCAGCCACCAAUCAGGAGAGUAAUCUGAGGCCAGAGGACGUACCGAUGACAGACCCACAGUUUGGCGACACGGAUGAUGAAGAUAAUGACAAUGUCAUUUCCUUGGACAAGAUAAAAAAUGAAUCGGGAUUCCUGGCAGACGAUCUUCUGGAUGAUGACGACAAACCCAGUGUCAAAGAUGAAGAUGGCAGAGCAAGUCGUCAGAGCGAUGUAAGACAAAUUGUCUCAACACCUCUCUCAGACCUGCAGCCUCCCUUCCAGCCUUCAUCCACCCCAGUCAGUCUGCAGUAUCGCUUCAUGGUGUGGAACGAUGUGGGGAUAGUUAAGCAGACAAACACAGAAGAAGAGAAUGCUAUAGAUGUGGAGUUUCAUGAUACGGUCCUUCAUCAUGCCUUCCGAGUGAACAACAUGGCAGGACAUACUCUGGCUGCUCUCAGUAAAGAAGCACUGGUUAUGGCUUGUGAGGCUACUGAGGACAAUCCAAGCAAAAUGGUAUGUGUGAUGCUGAACACCUGGGACGGCAGCAAGGAAUGGACGGUUCAGCUGGAGGGAGAGGAGGCGUUGUGUGUGGCUGCGGGACAAGGCUAUGUGGCUGUGGUCACAGACACUCGACUACUGCGGGUGUUCACCACUUGGGGCACACAGAGGGAGGUGAUAUCUCUGCCAGGACCUGUCGUGUGUAUGGCGGCUCACCAGCACACUCUGGCUGUCGUCUUCCACUCAGGAUUAGGGUUGGAAGGAGAUCAGAGUCUAAGCUAUCUGCAAAUCUGGUUGGGCGCGGGGGAUACACUUGUACGCCACUGUGCACCACGUGCCCUGCCACUCACUCCUCGUGCACGGCUGCGUUGGCUGGGAUACUCAGAUGAGGGCUCUCUGUGUGCGCUGGACAUGGCCGGCAUGCUGAGGAAACUGACACCCUCCUGCAUGUGGACACCCAUCUGUGAUGUAGACAACCAGUGCAAGGGGAAGUCAGAUCACCAUUUCGUAGUAGGAAUCAGCGAGCGGUUCCAGACAAUCCGGAGUGUGCUAUGCAAGGGAGCAUUCUACCCUCCGACCAUGCCCAGGCCGACAGUCACGGAGAUAUCUUGGCAGGUGCCCUUGUGUGAGAUGACAAGUGAAAAAGGACAGUUAGAGGAGGAGUUCUGGAGAUCACAUUUUGCGCUGACUGGCAUGAGUGAUGCUGACGAAAGCACACGGGACAGCGCUGACCGUACCAUCAAGAAAACACUGCUUAAACUGUUUGCGCUGGCAUGUCAGAGCGGGCUGGAGAUGCGGGCGUUGAGUUUAUGUCAACUGAUGUCCCCUGAAGUGGUACAGCUGGCUAUCAAGUACGCCUCCAAACUAGGCCGAUCGCAGCUCGCACAUUUGAUAGCAGAGACCUUGAGUAGAGCUCCUCCCUCCCCUCCCCCACACAGCAGAGGUUAUGGGUACGAGAGCAGUUUCCGUGGACCGGACGCUGUGAGAGAACCACAUCCUGAUGCACAGCCAUUGUCUCAAGACAUGUUUGCAUCGACUGUUGAAGACCAGGAGGACACAGACAAAGAAAAUCCAAUUUUGGCUCUUAAAAAGAAACAGACAGGGUUGAGUUCAAGUGCUAUGAUGGCCAGCAAGUCCAGACGAUCGAACCCCUUCAAGAAGACAUCAGAGGGUGGAGAGGAAAGCACCAAGGGAUUGGCAGGACUAACCAAACAGGCAGUUGGUAAACCUGCUGUGACUCAACCUGCAGCCACAAAAAGAACUUCAAAUGAAAAUAAACCAAAGAAAAACCCUUUCAUGGACUGGUUCUCGAGCAAUAAAGAAAGCUUGGAGGAGGAGUUCCCAGAUUUAGAUUCCGGAGAACUGACCAAGGUUGCUCUCAAAAGGUUCAAGGAGGAACAGAAAGGGAAGCCUGCCAGCCAAAACAUGAAGAAGUUCUUUGGUUCUACAACCAACCGAGAGAACAAGACUGAAAAUGAGAAAGAAAGUACAGCAACCAAUGAUGAUCUCGAAUCAAAGAAACGGAAAAAUUCCGAAGAUGAAACAUCUCAAAGCCCACAGCCUAAGAAAAUAUCUGCAGCCUCAAAGUUAAAAAUGUUUUCAUUUGUGAAGCCCUGAUGCCUGAUGUGUUGUUUACUUGCAAAUGUUUCACAUACAAUUUGGGAAAAACUAUUUUAUU